AUGAAUUUUUCCGUUUCUUCGGCCACUGCCGUUCAGUACGAGCAAGAAUACUCCGCCCACAACUACCACCCAUUGCCUGUAGUAUUCACAAAGGCUAAGGGUGCCCAUGUAUGGGAUCCAGAAGGCAAAGAAUACCUCGAUUUUUUGUCUGCUUAUUCGGCCGUAAACCAAGGCCAUUGUCACCCCAAAAUCGUGGAGGCGUUGGUGGACCAGGCUUCCAAGUUGACAUUGUGCUCGCGGGCAUUUUCGUCGGAUGUUUUUGGUGUUUUUGCCAAAUACAUUACCGAGUACUUCAAGUACGAGAUGGUGCUUCCAAUGAACACCGGUGUUGAAGCUGUGGAAACCGGUCUUAAAUUGGCGAGAAGAUGGGGAUAUGUCAAGAAGGGCAUUCCUGAGGGCGAGGCUAUCAUUUUAUCUGCAUCAAAUAACUUUCAUGGCAGAAGUUUGGGAGUCAUUUCCAUGUCCACCGACCCGGAUGCCACCACCAAUUUCGGCCCAUAUUUGGCUGGAGUGGGACCUCAGAUUCCUGGAGAGCCCAAAGGAACAUUUAUCCGCUAUGGUGUCAUUGCAGAUGUAGAAAAGGCAUUCAAAAAUGCCGGCGACAAAAUUGCAGCCAUUCUCUUGGAACCCAUUCAAGGUGAGGCUGGUAUCGUGGUUCCUCCUCCUGAUUACUUCACCAAGGUCCAGGCAUUGUGCAAGGAACACAACGUUCUUCUCAUCUGUGAUGAAAUCCAGACCGGCAUUGCCAGAACCGGAAAAUUGUUGUGCUACGAACACUACCCUAAUGUUAGACCGGAUGUGGUUUUGUUAGGUAAAGCCAUUUCUGGUGGUGUAUUUCCAGUUUCCGCCGUGCUCUCCUCUAAGGAUAUCAUGUUGUGCUUGGAACCAGGCUCGCACGGCUCGACUUAUGGAGGAAACCCGCUCGCCUGUCGUGUAGCCAUUGCUGCUUUACAGGUGGUUCAGGAUGAAAAUUUGGUGGAAAGAGCCAACAAACUUGGCAGCUUAUUGCGCUCCAAGUUGGAAGAGUUGAAGGAACAAUCCAAUGGCAUGAUUUCAGAAGUGAGAGGAAAGGGUUUGUUGUCUGCGAUUGUCAUCGAUGACUCGAAAACCAACGGCAGAUCGGCAUGGGAUCUUUGCUUGUUGAUGAAAGACCACGGCGUGUUGGCUAAACCUACCCAUGAUCACAUCAUCAGAUUGGCUCCUCCAUUGGUGAUUUCCGAAGAGGACUUGUUGAAGGGUGUGGAGUCGAUCAGAGAGAGUUUAAAGACCCUUCCUACCGCUCCAAAGGCAGCUCAUUGA